CGGCCAACCGACCGGGUAUGGUAAAGGAAACCGGAUCGUACCGGGCGGUUGAACCGGUAAAACCGGAAAUCGGGGCGUGGCCGAUACGAUAGUCGUUUGCUGGUUAAAAAAUCAUACCGGUCGGUUUUCCCGGUUAAACCGGCACAAUACGAAAUACCGCCCGGUUUUGGUCGAACCGGGGGUAAGCUUAUGGGAAGGAAACUGCGUCGUUUUGGCAUUAAAAAAAAAAAAAGAGAGAGAUCGGUCGAAGGCCAAUGAUCAAAACCCUAAAUCAUCAGCCAAACGAAAAAGAGCAGCGCAGUCUUCGUUUCUUCGUUUCCUCGUUUCCACCUGUUGGCGACCAGGAUCGCGGCGUCUCUCCUCCUCUUCUUGACCGGCGACUGGAGACAAGGACCGCCGCUGCUCCGCGCUCCGCAACCGCGUCUCUCCUCCUCUUCUCGACCGGCGACCGGAGACAAGGACCGCUGCUCCGCGGUUGCUCUGCGCUGCUCCGCCCUGCUCCGCGCUCCACCACUGCUCCGCCGGCACGCGAUUUUGUCUUGAUUCGCUGAUAAUUCGCGAAUUAUAUUUGGGUAGAGCGCGAAUUCUAUUUUGAGGAACGCGAAUUUCUCCAAUUUAUGCUACAUCCCAAUUUUGGCGAAGGCGCUGUAGGUUCUCAAGAAUGAACUCGUCGCCGCCCUCAUCUGCUGCUAACUCAGAUUCGGCAUGUCGUUGAUGAUUAAAUCAUCAUCACACCACUCCGCAAGCAUUUCGCAAUCAGCAGGCGGGAUUGUGAUUGUAGCGGGUGAAGAGGACGGGGAUCGAGGCAUGGCAGCAAAGUUCGAUUGUGGGGAGGAGGUUUGGGAGAAGGCUGAUCAUUGAGGAGAAGUAGUUUUGGGCGUCGAUUACUAGGAGGGUGGAGAUUUUUGGGUAUGGGUUUCGUUUUUGGGCAUUCUAUUUGGUGUAGGAUGAAGAUUUCAGAUUGCAUGUCGCCAUUGUUCCUCACUUGCUCUGCUGGUGCGAGAAGAAAGCGGAAUGAAGAAGAAGGAAAGGUGAUUUUGGAUCCGUUGUCGUCUAAUGGGAUGGAUGGGAGGUAGAAAUCUUGUUCGGCACCUGGGUUGGGCUGGGAUUGAUGAACAACGCUAUAAUGAAGUGGGCUGAGCCUGCAAGUGUAACAUAAUAAAUAAUAAAUGGACACAAUCCCU